UAAAAUGUAUUUGGUCCUUCUUCGUCUUUCUUUUCUUCCCCAAUUUUCUUAGGGUUUUCAGAGUUUCAAUUUCACCCUCAAACACCGCAAUUUAUCCCAAUUUCCAUUUCAAUAACAAGAAAUUAAACUCUUUACCACCACAUCUCCGUUCCUUUAUUGCUCAAUUUCAAGUUUCCCUUGAAUUUUUCAGGGAAAUUUUUUUCCUUUUAAUUUGUUAUCUAAUUGUGAAAAAGAUAGUUUAAGCUUAUCGGGGAUCAGGUUUAGGGAGAUGCCUAGAGACUUGUCGCGAUCCCGGUCGCCUCCCUAUAGGCGCAGGCAUUCACCGUCUCCGGUGGGACACAGAUAUAGCAGGAGGAGCAGACGAGAUAGAAGCCGAUCUCCAUAUUCAUAUAGCAGGUGAUCCUGUUUGGAUGUUUAUUUUUCUCUGAUAUAUCUCUUAUUGAGCUAGAGUGAUAGGAGACUUGUGUUUUACAAAUUAUUUGCUGUGUAUCUUUAACGCUUCAUUUGUCAGUAUUUUGCUGUAAUGUUUUAUGAUGUAAACUGUACCUAUUUGCAGCUCCGAGUAUUGUAUUAACCAUCAUGUUACUAUUGCAUUUACUGUGAGAAGUUUUUCUAAAUUGAAUUUGUUAAAAUCGCAUGUAUGAUCUACUAUGCUACAAGGUAUAUCAAAUAGUUUUGCUUUGAUUUCUAUCAAAAAUGAUUUCUUAAAGAACCUUGAACAUGGAUGAGUUAUUUUUAUUAAUGAUUUAAAAAUAAUGCAAGGAUAAUAUCAUUCAAGUAAGUAAUGGGGCAUUAUUUUCGUAGUUCGCAUAAGGCACUCAAAACCUCAGGAAGACCCUGAUUCUACCAUAUAUAUUAGAUUUGUUUUCAGUUUUUAUGUUCUAUGGACAUAACAAGGGUGUUAUACUAUUACAAUAAUAGUCUACAAAUGUUGUAUUUAUAAUUGAACUGAUAUUUUGGCAAGGGCUAUUUGAUUGACCAGGGGUUAGCUCUGAGGUCAAACAUGUAAAACAUUACAUUUUAGUUGGGCUCUUCAUCUUUCCGUUAUAUUAACGUCUUAUUUAAAUGUAAAACAAUACAUGUAAAACAAUACAUUUUUGAAUAUCUUUGAGGGAGUAUUUGCGGAAAACUGACUAUUUACUUUGUUUGAAGAAAUGCAUACUGACACUUUGAUGAGGACAUAAACUUAGGUAGUCCUCACACUUUCAGUACUACAGAGCUAUUGUGUAUUUAUGACUAAAACGUGGUGGUCAAUGUUAAACCCCAUUGUUGAUAAAAUGCUGGUUGUGGUGGAAUGUAAUUUAAAUUCAAUAUAUACUCCGUAGUUUUUUAUCAUUCAGCUUCUUUGUUGUACGUGAUCGAUUGGGCAAGAAUGGACGGCUAGAUUUAUUCUAGUAUGCCAUUGGACUUCUUCUGUUGUGUUAAGCUCGUUGAUUAGUUGAGACACUGAAUGAGAUGCAUGCUGUUAUGAUGGAUGAUUGACAUUGCUAAUAUUCAAGUAUUUGAAGACCUUGUCAUAAUAAGUGUCUGGUGAUGGUGUCACGUACUUUUUGUUACUUGUUAAUUGUUAUUGGGUUUUUUUCUUUCGCGCGGUUUCCUAUUUGUGUGUUGAAAAUCAUUAAUAAAACAUAUAUAGAGCAUUAUGUAGAGAACAAGAUAGGAUAUAUGAUGUAUGCAUAAUGAAAUAAGAAACAUCAGUUUCUUCACAUAACAUGGAAAGCGAGGGAUAUGAACAGGUGGUGGGUUCUGAUAAGUGUUUUUUCAUUGCUCGAUUGUACCAUUUGCUUCUUCGUGUGAUAAAAGAUGGAGCACACAAUGAUUGUUUUAUGAGGCGAAAAAGUCGUUCUAUUUCACCAAGAGGCCGCAGAAGUCCUUCUACAACUACUCGUCGUCGCAGAAGUCGGUCUCCAACUGCAAAACGAUACAGAAGACAAAGAAGUAGGAGUUCCUCAUUGUCUCCUGCUCAUAAAUCUUCUAGUUCAAGCCUUGGGUCAGUAGAGCAGAAAACUGCAAUUGAAAAACAAAGGAAAGAAGAAGAGAAGAAAAGGCGUCAGCAGGAAGCAGAGUUGAAAUUAAUAGAAGAAGAGACUGCAAAGAGGGUUGAAGAAGCUAUUCGUAAGAGAGUUGAAGAAAGCUUGAAUUCUGAGGAGGUUCGGGUGGAGAUUCAAAGGCGGUUGGAAGAGGGAAGAAAGAAACUUAAUGAUGAAGUUGCUGCCCAACUUGAAAAAGAAAAAGAAGCAGCUCUUAUUGAGGCUAGACAAAAGGAGGAACAAGCCCGUAAGGAGAAAGAAGAUCUUGAAAGGAUGCUUGAGGAAAACAGGAGGAAGAUCGAGGAAUCUCAGAGAAAGGAAGCAUUAGAGCAGCAAAGAAGAGAGGAGGAACGCUAUCGAGAGCUAGAAGAGCUACAGAGACAGAAAGAAGAAGCCAUGCGGAGGAAGAAACAGGAGGAGGAACAAGAACGUAUAAACCAAAUAAAGUUGUUGGGAAAAAACAAAUCCCGACCAAAAUUGUCAUUUGCCCUUGGAUCGAAAUGACCCUUGUGCAAUUUGUUUGGUUUAUCCAAAGCUUUUGUGCUUAAUUAUGUAUUUUGCAUAUGCAAUUUAAGAAAAUUACACAGCCUCCUCGGCUUCACUGUGACAUUAUCAUUAUUGUUUCCAAUUUGCAUUAGAUUUGAUUUUCUCAUAA